AUGAAGACUCACAUUGUCUGUGGCUUCAUUUUUAAAGUACUAUUAAUGCAAUUAUAUAUUUUUAACAAAACUUUAGCUGCACCGUCACCAAUCAUUAAGUUUCCUGGAGACAGCACUCCCAAAACAGACAAAGAACUAGCAGUGCAAUACCUGAAUAAAUACUAUGGGUGCCCAAAAGACAACUGCAAUUUAUUUGUCCUGAAAGAUACUUUGAAGAAAAUGCAGAAAUUUUUUGGGCUGCCUGAAACAGGAGAUUUGGAUCAAAAUACUAUUGAGACAAUGAAGAAACCCCGCUGUGGUAACCCAGAUGUAGCCAAUUACAACUUCUUCCCAAGAAAGCCAAAAUGGGAAAAGAAUCAUAUAACAUACAGGAUUAUAGGCUAUACCCCGGAUUUGGAUCCUAAGACAGUAGAAGAUGCCUUUGCUCGAGCCUUUCAAGUCUGGAGUGAUGUCACACCGCUGAGAUUUAACCGAAUAAAUGAUGGAGAAGCAGAUAUUAUGAUUAAUUUUGGACGAUGGGAACACGGUGACGGCUAUCCAUUUGAUGGCAAAGACGGUCUCCUGGCUCACGCCUUUGCACCAGGGCCAGGAAUUGGAGGAGACUCCCAUUUUGAUGAUGAUGAACUGUGGACUCUUGGAGAGGGGCAAGUGGUUAGAGUGAAGUAUGGAAAUGCAGAGGGUGAAUACUGCAAAUUUCCCUUCUGGUUCAAUGGCAAAGAAUACAACAGCUGCACAGAUGCAGGACGCAGCGAUGGAUUCCUCUGGUGUUCCACAACCAAAGACUUUGAUGCAGAUGGCAAAUAUGGCUUUUGCCCCCACGAGUCACUUUUUACAAUGGGCGGCAAUAGUGACGGGCAGCCAUGCAAAUUUCCUUUUAAAUUUCAAGGCCAGUCCUAUGACCAGUGCACAACAGAAGGCAGGACAGAUGGAUACCGGUGGUGUGGAACCACUGAAGACUAUGACAGAGAUAAGAAAUAUGGAUUCUGUCCAGAGACUGCCAUGUCCACAGUUGGUGGAAAUUCAGAGGGAGCCCCUUGCGUAUUCCCCUUCAUCUUCCUGGGGAAUAAAUACGAGUCCUGUACGAGUGAAGGUCGCAAUGAUGGCAAGCUGUGGUGCGCUUCUACCAGCAGCUAUGACGAUGACCGCAAGUGGGGCUUUUGUCCAGACCAAGGAUACAGUCUCUUCUUGGUUGCUGCUCAUGAAUUUGGCCAUGCUAUGGGAUUAGAGCACUCUGAGGAUCCAGGAGCUCUGAUGGCCCCUAUCUACACCUACACAAAGAACUUUCGACUUUCCCAGGAUGACAUUAAAGGGAUCCAGGAGCUAUAUGAAGUAUCGCCUGAUGUCGAACCUGGACCAGGGCCAGGCCCACGCCCAACCCUUGGACCUGUCACUCCAGAACUCUGCAAGCAGGACAUUGUAUUUGAUGGAGUUGCACAAAUUAGAGGAGAAACAUUUUUCUUCAAAGACAGAUUCAUGUGGAGGACUGUAAACCCCCGAGGAAAACCCACGGGUCCUCUUCUUGUUGCUACAUUCUGGCCUGAUCUGCCAGAGAAAAUUGAUGCUGCCUAUGAGGCCCCUCAGGAUGAGAAGGCCGUAUUUUUUUCAGGAAAUGAGUACUGGGUUUAUUCGGCCAGUAACUUGGAUAGGGGCUAUCCAAAGAAACUCACCAACCUGGGACUACCCCCUGAUGUGCAACGCGUUGAUGCAGCUUUUAACUGGGACAGAAACAAGAAGACUUACAUUUUUGCUGGAGACAGAUACUGGAAGUACAAUGAAGAAAAGAAGAAAAUGGAGCUUGCAUCCCCUAAAUUCAUUGCUGACUCUUGGAAUGGAGUUCCAGAUAACCUCGAUGCUGUCCUGGGUCUUAGUGACAGUGGAUAUACCUACUUUUUCAAAGAUCAGUAUUAUCUACAGAUGGAAGACAAGAACUUGAAGAUUGUUAAAAUUGGCAAGAUAAAUUCUGACUGGUUGGGUUGCUGA